AUGGAUAAGGCUUGGAUGCAUAUUGAAGAUAGAUUGCAUUCCACUGAGUAUGCUGAAGGGGUUAGACAAUUCCUCUCUAUGGUGUUAGCCCACACUCCUAACGCUGAUCAGAUUAGGUGUCCAUGCAGAAGAUGUCGGAAUAGAGCUUUCCACUCUAUUCGUAUAGUCGAGGAUCAUUUGUUCUUCAGAGGUUUUGAUCCAACUUAUACGGAUUGGAUAUUCCAUGGAGAAGAUGACCCUUUCCUUUCUGCUGCACUCUAUGCCGAGGAAGAAGCUGAUACCUCGGCUAACUAUGAUUAUAUUGAUGAUCUAGAAGAGAUGUUUGAUGACAUCCGCCAUGGGUCCUAUAUGGAUCAUCAUUCUACUGAUGAUGGCUCCAUAGAUGCCGAUGAUCAAGAUCAGACCUUUGAUGGUCGAACUAUCUUUAAUUUCGAGGAGUUGGUUUCUGAUGAACGACGCCCACUUUAUCCUUCAUGUACUAAGUUUUCAAAGCUAUCAUUCAUCGUCAAGCUUCUUCACAUAAAGAGUAUUGGCGGUUGGACCGUGAAGUCAUUCGAUAUGGUCAUAAAGUUAUUGCAAGAGGCAUUUCCAGAGGCAUCUUUCCCUGACUCAUAUAACGAUGCCCGUCGCUUGGAGCGUGGAUUGGGGUUUAGUUACGAGAAGAUACACGUCUGCCCAAAUGAUUGUGUCCUGUUUUGGAAGGAAAAUGCAUCGUUAAAUGAGUGCCCUAAAUGUAAAGCUUCUAGGUGGGAACAAAGCACAAUUCACCAACGAAGGUUACCAAAAAAAGUUCUCCGAUAUUUCCCCCUUAAGCCACGAUUGCAGAGGCUUUAUAUGUCAAAGAAGACAGCCCAGGCCAUGCGAUGGCAUGUAGAGGGCCGUGUUGAAGAUCCUACAUGCAUGCGACAUCCUUCAGAUUCUAGGGUUUGGAAGGACUUUGAUAACGUACAUGUCAGGUUUUCCGAAGAUCCGAGAAAUGUUAGACUUGGUUUGGCAAGUGAUGGUUUUAAUCCAUUCAAUAACAUGAGUAGGCCGUACAGCAUUUGGCCGGUACUUCUUGUGCCUUACAACUUGCCGCCUUGGGCAUGCAUGAAAGAUCCAUACACAAUGUUAUCGUUGCUAAUCCCUGGCCCAAAGUCACCAGGUAAUGAUAUUGAUGUGUUCUUGCGUCCUCUCCUUGAUGAGUUGAAGGAGUUAUGGGUAGAGGGUAUUCGUACCUAUGAUGCGUACAGUGGGCAAGACUUUACGUUGCAUGCAGCUCUACUUUGGACUAUCAAUGACUUCCUCGCAUAUGCCAAUCUUUCUGGUUGGAGCAUGAAGGGCAAGUUGGCAUGCCCGUAUUGUACAUCUGACACAAAUUCUCAAUGGUUGGUAUAUGGCCGCAAACAUUGCUAUAUGAGUCAUCAACGAUGGUUGCCCCUAGAUCACAUUUGGAGACGCAAGAAAAAUGCGUUUAAUGGGUAUGAAGAGCACCAACUCCAACCAUCAAGGGUCGAGGGAGAGGAAUUGCUAGAACAAUUAAGUCAGGUGUCACAUUUUCAGUUGGGUAAAUCUUCUUCGAAGAGGAAACGAACAGCCAAUCAUCUUAACUGGACCAAAAAAUCCAUAUUUUUUGAGCUUCCCUACUAG